AUGGCGACCACACCUGGUCUCCAGCCUCCACCACCCCUGGAGCAAGACGAGAUCCUGAUCGUGAAGGUGGAGGAGGAUUUCUGCUGGGAAGAGGAGCCUUCCCUGGAGACAGAAGACCCCAGCCCUGAGACCUUCCGCCAGCUCUUCAGGCUCUUUUGUUACCAGGAGGUGGCCGGACCACGGGAGGCCCUGAGCCGCCUUUGGGAGCUCUGCUGCCGCUGGCUGAGGCCUGAAUUGCGCACCAAAGAGCAGAUCCUGGAGCUGCUGGUGCUGGAGCAGUUCCUGAUGGUGCUGCCUGGGGAGAUCCAGGCCCGGGUGCGGGAGCAGCAGCCGGAGAGUGGUGAGGAGGCCGUGGUCCUCGUGGAAGGGCUGCAGCGGGAGCCCAGGAAGCAGAGGCAGCGGGGCCUGGAAGUGCUCCCUGAUGAUGUACUGCCCCACGGGACAGGAGAACAGUGCUUGAAACACCAAGUGGAGGCUGAGCCAGAGGAGCUGUCUCUGGAGGAAGGGUCUGGAUGCUCCAGCCAGCAGCCCCCAACCCAACUGAGCCACACACCAAAGAGGAGCCCCCAGCUCUGGCCAAAGAGGGGCCCGGUGGCCUCCCAGCAUCAGGAGACGGCACCGGCCACAUCCUUCGUUUCAUCCUGGUCCCAGCAGGUGCCGGUGACCUUGGAGGACGUGGCGGCAUACCUGUCCCAGGAGGAGUGGGAGUGCCUGGACCCGGCUCAGCGGGGCUGCGUCUGGGAUGUGCUGCCCGACAGCGGGGGGCUUGGGCUGCAACUUGAGGAUGGAGAGGGCGCCAGGCAGGACGUGCUGACGAGAAGGGAGCAGGACCGAGAGCUGGUUGGGGGCAUGACCAGGCCUGAGCAGUCUCUGGAAAGAGGAGGACCCCGGCGGAGUGAGAAGCCGUACGCGUGCCCUGAGUGUGGCAAAGGCUUCAGUAAGACGUCCCACUUGACCAAGCACCAGCGCACACACACCGGGGAGCGGCCCUACAAGUGUCCGGUGUGCGGGAAGGGCUUCAGUGACCGCUCCAACUUCAGCACGCACCAGCGGGUGCACACGGGCGAGAAGCCCUAUGCGUGCGCGGAGUGCGGGAAGCGCUUCAGCCAGAGCUCCAGCCUGGUCAUCCACCGCAGGACACACACUGGCGAGCGGCCCUACGCCUGUGCCGAGUGUGGGAAGCGCUUCAGCAACAGCUCCCACUUCAGUGCACACCGGAGAACGCACGCAGCUGAGAAGCCCUUCGUGUGCCCGGCCUGUGGCAGGGGCUUCCGCCGGGGCACCGACCUCCACAAACACCAGUGGACCCACAGCAGAGAGCAGCGCCCCCCAGGCCAGCGGAGCCCCACAGCACGGCUCCAGGAGGCCCCUGGGCCAAAGCCUGGCCGCCACUCAUUGAACUGUCCAUUUCCGGGAUCCGUUUCAGAAUUUCGAGGUCACAGUUCAUGA